AUGCCAUCACUUCGUGUGGGGAAUCGCCUAAGGACUUACAAGCCAGGGCUCGAUCGAGUUGAAGCUUGGCCGGUCGAGUUGAGGAACUCGACCGGUUGGUCGAGUAGACGGUCGAGCUGGUCUUCAAGAUGGCUUCUCCCUUCUUCCUUUGCGUAUCCAGUUGAGCUGCUUCCAUGUGCCAAGUCCCUCCAUGCUCCUCAUGUCCCAUAUGCUCCAGAAUGCUCCAAAAGACCUAUUUCAAAGGACCAAACAUGCAUAUAAAAGGAGUUAUACCAAAAGAGUGAGACUGUCCAGACGGCUCUAUCGAGAGAACAGCGCCCAAACCGCGCAGUCCGGCUGGCCGAGGAAACAUGUUCCGCGCUCGGCCAAAUCUCCGUCCGACUGAAGUCUCGGCCAAAGUCCAAACCACUCGGCCGAUCACGCAUCACGACCCGGGAAACAGUCCCGCGGUCGGCCACGCCACAACCGCCACGCCACCGCGCACGACCAGCGCGCGAGCCGGGAAAAGCCUCGCGGCCGCGCAACCGCUUCGCGUACCGGCCGAUGCAUCCGUCCGAGCCGGGAAAGAACGUCCCGCGUCCGGCCGAGAGAUUUCAUCGGCCAAACUAUCCGUCGACCACGCCGGCCGACCGUGAAUCCGUCCGACCCCGACCGUUCCGACUCGGCCACGACCCGAUGUCCGGCCGAUCGUCCCGACCGACCGUCCCAACGCCGCGGUCGACCCGAAGCCCUUUUGAAGCCCAAACUUAUGUUUUCAAGCCCGGCUUAACCCUAAGCCGCCUCUAA